UCUCACAAACCAGGGUCUGUCAGAGAGGGAGUACGCAGUGCUGCACCUCUCUGACACACAUAACAACUAUGAGGCUUUAGUACUUUAGAAAGACCGAAUCAAAGGUUUACUCCACACGAAACCACCGAGUCACUUCCAGCCGGUGUUUCGGAUCGUAUGUUUGGAAAUGUUUUCUUAAAUUUUCGCUAGCUAACUUGUUAGCUUCUGGGUUAGCUUGAAGUUUGGACCGUCUUGCUAACUUGUCACUUUCCGACCCUAAAUUUGAACUAAAUCUAACCGUAAGGCAGUAACAUCUGCACGAUUUGUACAAAUUGGACAGCUAAAGAUGGAGUCGGUUGAUCUUUAUGGCUGCACCAGUCCUGUUAACACCGUUAAGAGAAGCAGGCCCGACGGGAUCCCCGGGCUUUCCUCGCUCUCUCUGCCUGAACUCAGCACAAAGAACACGCACUGCAGGGACCUGUUCUCCCCUGGACCCGCCGCUGUGCUGUCUCCUGUCACCAAUCUGGCUCUGGACAUGAACAAUUUAGCUGGACUUGGAAGCCUAUGCGAUACCCCGAAAAGGAGAAAGCAUGCUCUCCUUGAGAAGAUUCCCUCCUUUGCUUCUGACGUCUCAUCUGAUGCUGGCCUCGGCAUGGAUCCCCCGAGUCCCAUGGAUGCUGUUGAAAUGGACGACACAUUUGAAAAGGCCAUUCAACAGUCGAGCAGAGUCAUCAACGACAGAAUGCCAAUUCGAAGAAUCAACUCAUUGCCACUCCAGCUCCAGUGUUUCAGUCCGUCCAUGAAGGGACAGGAAACAGAUUCUCACCGCUAUGGAAUCUUCGGACAACAACCCUCCCAAAUGACGGCCUCCUCCUCCUCCUCUUCCUCUCAGCGACACAACAAGGAGAACAUGCCGGAGGAGGGCUUUGAAUUCAAGAAACCCACCAAGCCUGUGUCGCGGUGUCGCAUGCGCUCCUUCAACAGCAGCCUGGCAAAGGAUGCGUUUUCCCGCCGUCCCUGCUCCGCGCCGGCCCUCAUGUUCUCUUCACCUCCUCCGAUCCAGCAGCUUGACUUCUUUGAGUCCAGCCCCAUGUUCCUGAGACGUUCCUCGCCCACUUCCCCUGUAAACGACGACGAGGCCGACGACGGCUUCCUAGAAGUUCUGGAUGACAACAUGGAGCAGAACGACUCUGGGAUGCCGAUGGGAAUGGCGAGCUUGCUCACUGCCCCGCUUGUGACCGACGCAGGAGAAGGCUCUCCUCUGAUUCGCUGCCGUCCACGGAGCCUGUUUCGCUCGCCCUCCAUGCCCAGUCCGCUCCCGACCCGUCACGGAGCUAAGCGUCCCGACUGUCCCGGAGACGAAAACACUCCGGUCAGGGUGAAGAGGCGGCGCAGCGUGGCGGGAACACAGGUCACCGCCCUGGAACAAAACCCCGAGUCCCCAAGAACGGGCAGCGCCCUGCUCCACAGGUCCAAGUCCUUCUGCCAGACGGACAUUGAGAAGCUGCUGGACGGCGAGGGCAGCCCUAACGAUCUAAUAGGAGAUUUCACCAAGCCUUUUGUACUGCCCACAGUGGACGGCAAACAUCAAGACCUCAAGUACAUCACCCCGGACACGAUGGUUUCCGCUCUGUCCGGACAGUUUAGUCAUCUGGUGGAGCGAGUCAUUGUCAUGGACUGCCGCUACCCCUACGAGUUCGAGGGAGGACACAUCAAGGAAGCUCUGAACCUGCACCAGGAGAAUCAGGUGGAGGAUUUCCUCCUCAAAACUCCCAUCGUCCCCGUCUGCCCGGACAAACGAGUCGUCAUCAUCUUCCACUGCGAGUUCUCGUCAGAGCGCGGCCCCCGAAUGAGCCGCUUCGUCAGGGAGCGAGACCGCGCCGUCAACGAGUAUCCCAACCUCCACUACCCCGAGCUCUACAUCCUCAAGGGCGGAUACAAAGACUUCUUCCCUCAUUUCCAGGCACAAUGUGAACCUCAGGCCUACCGGCCGAUGCACCACGAGGACUUCAAGGAGGACCUGAGGAAGUUUCGUCUCAAGAGUCGCACCUGGGCCGGGGAGCGCAGCAAGAGAGACAUGUACAGCCGACUGAAGAAGCUGUGAGCGCCUCCUCGUCCUCCCAAACUGCCUCUGAAACACACUCGCCCUGAACAGACAGAGGCCUCGCCCCCACCAUACAGGAAAUACCUUCUGGGAUUGCGCCAACAGAAGGGAUUUUUUUUAUAAAGUCCCUGAAAGUUUCAUUUAACUCUAGCAAAGUUAGUUAUUUAUGCAAAUUUAAAGGGUGAAAGACGUGACGAGAUGAACGCGUGACGUAAAGCUGCCGCUGAUGAUCAGCCAACAGAUUUCUUUAAGAAGCAACGUGAGCGUUUUUAAAAACCACUUGGACCUACUGCCUGUUUUACUUUAUUUUUAUAAUGCUGGCAUUUGCGGCACAAAUUGCAAUAAUACAAACCAAACCACACUGCCAAGUCUUUCAGUCUCUUACUGGAUAUUUUGUUUGCAUUUGUCAUGUCUCACUUUAUUUAAGCACUUAAUUUAAAUACCUCUUAAAAUGGUGCUUUUUUUUUUUUUUUACGGCUUUUUAUAUACUUUUUUUUUUAUGAAUUGUGUUUACCCCAUUUAGAAAUUGAUUUGUUUAAAGAAUGCCUUUCUGUAGGCGUCCCACGAUGCACAUUGGAUAUUUGAAUAACGAGUUGUGCAGUCUUAAGACCAAAGCAAACGAAGAUCUUUCUGAUGCUGCAGGUCAGCAGCUGUUGGGACUUUUGAUCUAAAAUGUUUUGCUUUGAUUCCUUUAAUUUCCAGAGAUUAAAAUAUCUUCCCCUCUGCAGAGCUAAUGAUGUCCGUUUAUAAUGAAUGGGGUGGUUUGAAUAUUUUGGUUCAGGCUCGUGGGGGAGCUGCUGAAAUAAAAAGCCAAAUGUGUGUUCAA